GGUUGGCCGGAGGGCGAGCGUGGCCCCGCGCCUAGAGCGACGAGGCGGGCGCCAUGACUCCAGUGAGGAGCCCACACGCCUUGGCAGGCCAGACCUACGCAGUGGCCCUCAUCCAGCCGGACCUACGGCGUGAGGAGGCCAUCCAGCAGGUUGCAGAUGCCCUGCAGUACCUGCAGAAGGUAUCCGGAGACAUCUUCAGCAGGAUCUCCCAGCGGGUGGAGCAGAGCCGGAGCCAGCUACAGGCCAUUGGGCAGAGGGUCUCCUUGGCCCAGGCCAAGAUUGAGAAGAUCAAGGGCAGCAAGAAGGCCAUCAAGGUUUUCUCCAGUGCCAAGUACCCAGCUCCCGAGCGGCUGCAGGAAUACGACUCCAUCUUCUCGGGUGCCCAGGACCCUGACCUACAGGGGCGGCCACGCCACCGGAUCCAGAGCAAGCACCGCCCCCUGGAUGAACGGGCCCUGCAGGAGAAGCUGAAAUACUUUCCUGUGUGUGUCAGCACCAAGCCCGGGCCCGAGGAUGAGGCCGAGGAGGGGCUGGGAGGCCUUCCCAGCAACAUCAGCUCCGUCAGCUCCUUGCUGCUCUUCAACACCACCGAGAACCUGUACAAGAAAUAUGUCUUCCUCGACCCACUAGCCGGUGCUGUGACCAAGACCCAUGUGAUGCUGGGGGCAGAGACGGGGGAGAAGCUGUUUGAUGCCCCGCUGUCCAUCAGCAAAAGGGAGCAGCUGGAGCAGCAGGUGCUGGAGAACUACUUCUAUGUGCCAGACCUGGGCCAGGUGCCCGAGAUCGAUGUGCCUUCCUACCUGCCCGACCUGCCCGGCAUCGCUGAUGACCUCACGUACAGUGCCGACCUGGGCCCUGGCAUCGCCCCCUCCGCCCCGGGUGCCAUUCCUGAACUUCCCACCUUCCACACAGAGGUCGCCGAGCCCUUCAAGCCAGACCUAGAGGACGAAGUGCUGACAGCACCCCCACCGCCUCCGCCACCCCCACCACCUCCCCCGGCCCCCACUGUGCUGGCCAGUGCCCCACCUCCACCUCCCCAGCCAGCGGCCCCCACAGACCCGAGUGCCAGGCUGGAUGACAGCAGUGACAACGCACCCCCAGCUGCAGUCCAGGGAGCCCCCAAGGAAGUGGUGGACCCCUCCAGCGGCCGGGCCACCCUGCUGGAGUCCAUCCGCCAGGCCGGGGGCAUCGGCAAAGCCAAGCUGCGCAGCGUCAAGGAGCGCAAGCUGGAGAAGAAGAAACAGAAGGAACGGGAGCAAGUGAGGGCCACCAGCCAAAGUGGGGACCUGAUGUCAGAUCUCUUCAACAAGCUGGUCAUGAGACGCAAAGGCAUCUCUGGGAAAGGUCCCGGGUCAGGGCCCAGCGAGGGCCCAGGAGGAGCCUUCGCCCGCAUGUCCGACUCCAUCCCACCCCUGCCUCCCCCACAGCAGCCAGCAGGAGAGGACGACGAGGACGACUGGGAGUCCUAGGGGCUC